UUCUAAAUUUUGUAGAUUAGAACUAGAUAGAGCAGUCAGCUAGGAAGAAGGAAAUUAUGAGUGCCGUAGAUGUAGAGAUAGUCAGGGCUGGACAUCUGAGAUAUAAGCAUUUGAAUCCGUCUGCGAGAAAUGUCCUAGAAAAAGCCAGAUCACCUAAAGAGUACUGGUUUGUGUUCCGAGCUGGAAAGGGCAAUCAAGAUAGGGUCUUAGAGUACUACCUCAGUGAGAGGGACUCUCACAAAAAGUCUCCAAAGGACAGAAUCUCACUACUAAGCUCACAGUCGGUGCAGCUCAUUGGUGGAGAGCCAAAGAGUUUUAGCAUCACAUCUAAUGAUGGGUCAGUGCACACUUUUGAGAGCCAGACAUCUCACGAUGCAAAGGAAUGGGUCUUUGCUUUAAACGCUGUUCUGUUUGGCAAAGGCUCCGAUGGAAGGAAUAUUGUACGGUUCUACAUUGAAGUCUGGAGUUGCCCACAAUUUCGAUAUUCCGGUCCUGGGAUUCUCGAGGUUCGAGACGAUCAAGUUAUUGUCUGGAGUCAAAACGAGGCCUCUGAGGUAGUGAGGUGGAAAAUGGGUCACAUUCGCUCGUUUAAAGCAAAGCUUAAUCAUCAGUUGCAAAUCAAUGCUGGAAGUCGGAGUACUACUGGAGAAGGAAUUUUUGUUUUUGGUACACAAGAAAGCAUCCUGAUAACACACACACUUGAGACAGUAAUAAAGAACCUUGCAAAGAAGAAGGCUAGCAAACCGCCACAGGAAAGCAAACGUGUCCCACCAACCCCUCCGCCUCCCUAUCAGUCAAAAUGGACACAAGAGACACUCGUGAGAGGUCGAACUGAUACUAAGGAUCAAGUACCUGGCUUUACUGACGUCCCUGGAUUGCAUGGACCAAAUAAAUCAAUUACUGAGCAUCAUCAGGCACAUCCGCCCUCAAACCCACGAGCUGGAGAUUACGAUGUCCUUCGCUCUGAUAAUUUCUCAGGAUCAACCGAAAAUUUAGAUGAUGUAAGAAAUGAUGGCAAACCGACUAUAUAUGGAGAACUGAGUGCCUAUGAGACAUUAAAAGCUCUUCCUACUGAACCAAAAAGAGGAAGGGCAUCUUAUCGUAAAUCAGAGUAUCAGUAUACAGACACUAUACCACAGCUGUUACCUAUACCACACUGUGAUACAGUGAAUAAUGAGGAAGAGGAAUUUGGAGAGGUGAGACAUGUGAGGUCGAGAAACAAUAGUCCUAGAAGCAGUCGUAAUAAUUCUCACGAAGACCUGACCAGAAUAUCAGAUGAAAAGAAUACGUAUUCUUCAAUAACAACCGAAAACUAUGCCUUCCUAAAACCAGUUGAAAUGCCAGCAGGUGGCGCUCCACCUGGUCUAUACGGCUCACUCAACUUCCAAGAGGGAGAGGAAGAGAAUGUAACCCCACGGCAACCACCAAGAGUAUUAAAGAUAAAUCCUAGCGGGAGCCAUGAUUAUGAUACACUCUCUCCUGUCAUUAAUCCGUUGAAAAAGACUGAAGCCUCCAGCUAUGACAGUCUAUCAUUCAAAGGUCCAGUGGAUCACACACCUCCUCAUGAGACUUACUCAACACUUAGUCCCGAGAAUCCAAACCAGCCUCCACUUGUACCGCCCAGAAGGAAAGUAACACCUGACCAGCCAUCUUACAAUAGGAUCAACUCUCCUCCCUCCCCCCUACCUCAGGUUGUUAGGGAGGAUAUUGAGAUACUUUAUGAGCAGCCAGAGCCUCAGGUCCAGCACAAGCCCGGUCGUCAGGUAUCACCAAGAGUGUCUCCUGUUAUGCAGCGACGGAUUUAUCAGGAAUAUGAUGAGAUCAAGCUCCCACAAGAGCAGAAUGAUUACGAUGAGGUGGCACUUGAUGAAACCGACACGAAUCAUGCAAAAAUACCGCUACCGACUGCUCAUCCCCCGAUUGGUGAAUACUCUAGAUUUAAUCGAUUCCAAGAGAGUGGCGAAGGAAGAGAAGUAGAGCAUGAGUCUCUCCCAUACAGUCAUUUGUCGUAUAACACUGAUGGUCAGAAUAGCGAAGAGAAUGCUCCAUAUAAUACUCUUGUCCAUGAUAUAAGGCAUUCCGAGCUAUUUGAUGAUCGGGACUAUUUCGAUGCAACUCAUCUGGUACUCAAUGAACAGUAUUCAACAAGUAAAUCUCCAGGAAAGCUUGUUGACAGAGACUACUUUGAUCCACCUCCUACUAGCGAUAAACCUGAAGUUAAAACCCGUCCUCCUGUUCCACCGAGGAUUAAAACUCAGCUCUCAACAAGCAAGACACACGAUGCACCAACAGAGUCACAGCAGGCUCAAGUGCUACCUCCAAAACCAAAACCAAAGCCAAAACCAAAGAAGAACAUUGUGGCCACGUGAGAGGUUUUUAGACAAAUUUUAAUGUAACAAAAUUGAUUGUAUUGUAUGCGAGAGAUUAAUGACAAGAUAGUACAACUAACUUUUAGUCUUAAAAAUAAAAAUAAUUAUUAUAAAUAA